AUGGCAACGGGAGUGAACGAACCUGUUUGUGCAAGCUGUAAUAGUGAACGAGGUGCUUUCCAAUGUCGUGGAUGUUCGAAAGUCUUUUGUUUUCAACAUACUACGAACCAUCAUCAAAGUAUUAUCCAAGAAUUAGAUGCAAUAGAGCAUAGCCGUAAUCUUCUUCAAAGUACUUUUCAACAGACGAUGGCAGAAUCAUUGCCCAAUGCCAAAGCAUUGCAUGAGGAAUUGACGAAAAAAAUCGACAUGUGGGAAGAAGCAUCAGUUGAAAAGAUCCGAAAAGCAGCAGCUGAUGCUAGAAAUGAUUUAUUUCAACUUACGAUUAAUCGGGGAACAAAGAUUCAGUCAAAAUUAGAAGAGCUAACCCAACAAAUACAACAUGCUCGGCAAAAAAGUAAUUUUCUCGAGACUGACGUACGUGAAUGGACAAAGAAACUUGAAGAUUUAAAAGAGCAACUAAUCAAAGUUCCAGCUGUGACAGUCUGUGAAGAUUAUACAAAAUUGAUUUCCAAGAUUUCUGUCAGUGGUUUCCAUGGAAGCGAAAUCUUUGGGCAAUCAACAGGUAAUGCAGGCUUUGAGGACAAUGGCAAAGUAGUUUAUGUAAAAAAUGGCAAUGAUCUAUAUACCGAAGUACGAGGCCAAUGCGAAUAUUCCAGUGGACUACACACGAUUUUUCUCCGUGUCGAAGAAUAUGCUCAUUGGAUUUUAUUUGGUAUUAUAUCCAAGUCAACGCCGUUACAAAUUCAUUCCUACGCGUCACCUUCAUGUUAUGGUUGGUACAAUGGAGUAGACUUCGUUUAUGCGGCCGGCGUUUGCAUAGGUGGGCAAGGUAUUGAUGUCAUCGCAAACGAUCGAGUGCAACUGACGAUCGAUUGUGAUAAUCGUCUCAUUCGAUUGAUCAAUAAACGCUCAGGUCGAACAUUAGAAUUAGCUGUUGACAUUGAAAAAUGUCCUUUUCCUUGGCAGCUACAUUUGAAUCUAAACGCACAACCUACACGAGUUCGAAUCGUGUCAUCCGAUGAAUAA